AUGACCCCUUUCAAGGCUCUUUAUGGGAGAGACCCACCAACACUACAUCGGGACCGUUGGCACUUGAGCCCGAACGACACAAUUGAGAAGAUGUUGGAGGAUCGUGACGCCAUCAUAGCGGAGCUUCAAGCGAACUUAAGUCGCGCCCAAUCAUUGAUGACGGCGGGGGCGGAUGCGAAACGUCGAGAUAUUGAGUUUCAAGAAGGAGACAUUGUAUAUUUGAAGUUUCGACCUUACUGCAUGCGUGCAUUGUCUCAGCGACGUUAUGAGAAAUUGGCACCACGGUACUCUGGUCCUUUUUCGGUGGAAAAACGUAUAGGGAAGGUGGCUUAUCGACUCAAGCUACCUAGCACCACCCGCAUUCACCCGGAUUUUCACGUGUCGCAACUCAAGUUAGCGGUGGGUGUCGGGCCUCGAGUUGAGACGCAAUCCAUCCCCUCAGACUUAACUCCCGAGCUCAAAUUGAUAGUGGAACCAAAAAGCAUUCAGAAGAUACGUGCUCGAGCAAAAGAUGGGGGUCAAGAAGUGCUUAUGCGUUGGAAAGACCUACCUCCGUUUGAGGACACGUGGGAGACUGUGGAGACCGUCGAAAGGCAGUUUCCCGAUUUUCACCAUGAGGACAAGGUGAAACUUCUUGGGGGGAGUAUUGAUAGACCUCCAUUGUGA